AUGUCCGGCAAAAUCACGUCCAAGAACCUACACUACAACUCGCGCCUGCCGCCGUUCCUCGCGCGCCUGCACGGCGAAGCCGCCAGCGGGUCUGACGGGCCGGACCCGAUCCUCGCGGCGCAGCGGCGGCCGACCAAGGCGAAGCGGUCGGGUAGCGAGGAGGCCGAGGACGCGCCGCUGGUGGUGGACGAGCGGGGGCACACGGUCGACGGGCUGGACGUGCAGUUUGGCGCCGACGGCGCCGUCAUGGGGGCGACGCGGACUGGCACUGGAGAGGACGAAGCAGACGCGGCACAGAAUGGCGAUGUCACUGCCACCGCUACCGCCACCGGGCCUGCCGCGGCAGCGGCAAGCAAAGACGUUGCAGACGGGAGCCAGCUCGUGGUGGGCGGCGCCAAGAAGCGCAAGGUGGGCAAGGUGAUUGGCGCCCACAGCGACGAUGACGACGGCGAAGGUGGCGGAAAAGACAACAAGAAAACAAAGCAAAACAAGCGAGCAGAUGGGAGUGGGACGGUGGUACCGGCCGCGGGAGGAGAUGGCGCUGCUACAAAACCUAAAAAGCCCAACAAGAAGGCAAAGAAGAUCAAGCUCAGUUUUGGCGACGACGAGGGUUGA